AUGGUUGUUAUUUCCGGAAUUCUAACAAUGAGACCAAAUGAAGAAGAGAUUGAAAGAAAAAAAGAAAUAAGAGAAUAUAUAUGGUCAACCGGAUAUAAAGAAGUUCAGCUAUUACAUUUAGCUGCUAUAAAUGGUAGUAGGGAUAGUAUUAAAUUCUUCAUUGAGAGUGGUCAUGAUAUUAAUGCUCAAGAUUCCGUAGGCAGAACUCCUUUGAUGUGGGCAAUAAAAGCAAGGAACAUAGACACCAUAGAAGCUUUAUUAGAAGCUGGUGCAGAUAUGUUUUUAUUAAACAAAAAUUGCAUGAGUGCAGUAGACAUGUUUUUCUCAGAUCCAAGUAUACAGAUUAUUGUACAUAAGAUUUUUAUUAAUGCAAUGGAAAAAAUAUGUUGUACUGAUGAAGAGAUAAUAAGAAGAAUAACCAAUACAAAUUGCAAUCUGUAUCAAGCUACAUUUUUUAAACGAAUAAAAGUUAUUGAACAUUUAAUUGAACAAGGCUAUUCAAUCCAUUCUACACACCCUGUAACUAAUCAAACAGCUUUACAUGUAGCUGUGAUGUUAGAAGAUGUUGAAACAGCCAGAAUUCUUUUAAAACAUGGAAUUAACUAUAAUGCAAUAGAUUUUUAUAGCUUAAAUGUUUUAGGCUACUUAUAUCGGUUCAAUAAUGAACACACCAUUGAAAAAUUACAACUAUUGGAAAUGUUAUUGGAUUCAGGAGUUUGUGCAACAUCAUAUAAUCAAAAUGGUGCAUUUCAAAUAGACUCUACACUUAUAUGGGGUAGUGCUGAAGCAGUACGUUUAGUUUUAGAGUCAGACAUUGAUUUGGCAGCUGAAGAUACCACUAAUCAGAAUUUUUUCCACUAUCUUGCAACAAAUAAUGCACCAAACAUAGCUAAUGUCUUAAAACCACACAUACAGAAAUUUAAAUUUAGGCUAAAUAAAGCUGAGGAUAAAUGGAAUCAGAGCCCAUUACAUAAAGCUAUAGUAAGUACCAAUGUUGGUAUGCUAAAGCUUUUAUUAAAAUGUGGUGCUGAAGUUAAUAAUCGAGAUCGAUUGGGUUAUACGCCAAUUUAUCGUUCUUGUAAUAAAAUUAUGACAAGAAAUGAAGAUGACAAUAUUCAAUGUAUUGAGCUUCUCUUACAGUAUAAUGCAGAUGCACAAUUACUUAUGGAUGAAGAAAGAUCUACACCAAGUACAAUUUUGGAUUAUCCCUUGAGAAAUAAUCACUAUGGUCGAAUAAAAAUUAUUGUUGCUCAUUUUGUAAUGCUACAAGAAUUAGGUACACCGAUCACUGAUGUCAUUCGGAAGAAAAUCAAUUCAGAACCUAGACUACAAAAAUAUUUUCACAUAUAUCGAAAGGUGCUUAAAAAGAAAUUUUUUGGAUCUAUGUCAUUUUUGAAUUUACUUAGUGCUAAUACAAUAAGAAUGGCUUGUUACUCACGUAAUCAAAAGUUGAUGCUGAAAUUAAAACGUAUUAGCUAUAAACCAAGCGUGAAGUGUCCUUCUUUAUAUUACUACAACACUUUGAAAAUACGUAUGAAACAAGCGAAAUUGCGCAAGAAACUACAAGAUCGUACAGCGCCAAUUAUCUGCAAAUUUUUCAAAAAUUGUGUGAUCACUGAACAGCAUCUUGUUGUAUAUCAUUUAUUCCAUUAUUUACGCGAAAAAGACUUGAGAAAACUGCUUCGACUAUAG